GAAUUAAUUACAUAUCUAAUGGUUAAUGCAUUGGACCUAAGUGACGUCUUGCCUGGUGAAAUUUCGUCCAGUGAGAGAUACCGGGCAGCCGUUGCCCUUGACUUCUUGAACUCUUUGAGUCCCGAAGAAACCUGUGGUAUCGGGGCCUGGUGCCAUGAUACAGAUAUGUUAGUGACACCUAAAAGGAACCCCAUGGAGCACCAGUUUCUAAUUGGAACUUACCUCAAAAUAACUUCCAGAUUGGAUGACUCCGGAAUCCUCACAACUUCAGGGAUAAGCCACAGCGACGACGAAGAGCCCAUAAAUGAAAACGCAGAAGAGGUCAUUCCUUCCCAAACAUUUACGUCAGUGAUGGAUCUUUCUGCGGAAUCCGUAGGAGAGGAUAAGAGGAAUGACCAUCAGGACGCUUGUAGUCUGUCAGAGGAUGACGACUUGAUGCGUAGAGCAGUUGAUGUGGCAAAUCAAAUCGAAAACACCCUUAAUAGCGAAACAGAACGGGAAAAACGGUCGUUCCUGGACCUCACACUUCGAAGCAGAGAGGUAAACAUUCCUGCAGACCUCAACCGCCACCAGCAGCAGGCCCUUAAGAGGGCCAUCACCCUCUUCGGCACCCCUAGCGUAGAAAAUUGGGGGAUCUACGUGAACGACAUAAUUAGAGGAUUCACCAGGGACUACAAGCACUGCAAUCCGGACAGAGUAAAGGCAAUGGCCUUUGGGGUAAUAAACGAAAAGCCAAAGAAGAUUUUCCUAUCUAUUUACAGCCCCAUUUACACUCUUCGUGAACUACAGAAGGCUGAGAAAGAGUAUGGUUACUUUGUGAAGAGAAGCUCUUCCCCAGAAACCUGCCACUUCGUCUUCGGAUACCACCAGAUAACUAGGACAAUAGUCGAUGGAAGUGGAAAGUACAAGAAGUUAAGUUAAAUUAGAGCAUGUUUUAAGCAUUUGAAAUUAGUUGUGGAUGGAAGAGGAAAUUGCAACGGGUUAACUUAAAUUACAGCAUGUUUUUAACACUUGAAAUUAGUUGUGGAUUGGUUGUGUUAACAAAAGGUUAACUUAAAUUAGAGCAUGUUUUUAACAUGUGAAAUGAGUUAAAGGAAUUAAUUGCUGCUUCGCCAGUGUCCAGGCUGUCGUGCCUCGAUAGCCUAACCCUACUGCC